UUAUCUUUUGUAUCAAAAUUUAAAUUUAAAUUAGGCGAGGAUUCGGAGCUUGCACUGGGUGCGGUCGCUUCGCUUGCAGAGGUUGCGUCAGAUCCUGUUUCUGUCCAAUUCCAAACUGUCGAGGAGCUGCAACAGGGUGUCUUGGAUCCCCACCCUGUGUCCCUAGACCUUGGUGCGCUCCUCCCCCUUCCAAGAGUGUUUACUUAUUCUACCCCACUGAGCGAGAGGAGAUGUAUCCUCAUUUGGGAUAUCCUUGGGGAGAUCAACAGCAAUAUGACGGAGGCCAAAACCAGUCCCAAUCAUGGCAACAGCAAUCUCAACAACAACAGUAUCCAGGGCAUCAACAACAUCAGCAUCAUCAGCAAGGGUUUCCAAGGUACCAACAGCAAUAUCAAGGCUACGACCAGCAACAGGGUUACCAACAGCAGCAAGAGUACCAGCAACUACCCUCAUUCCAGCAACAGCAGAAACAGUCACAGCAGAAAAUGUCCCAGGGGAAUAUGGGAGCAUCUCAAUCAGGAAAUUUCCACCUAAGCCAUUCUGGAAUAAAUCUCCAGGAGAAUGACAAUGCGAGUAGUCAGGGGGGAUCGGCAAUAGCAGACCCAGCCAGCAUAGAAAAGUUGCACGACCCAGACGACAACUGUGACAUAGAGAAAUACCACGGCGAUUGUAUCCCAGAUUUAUUUGGGAAGAAGCCGAAGAGAACUCCACUUCCGAACAUGAAGAAACCUGCCAAGAAAGGAGGAGCGAAGUCCAAAGACGGCAAAAAUGCAAACAUGAGUCAAGAUGGUCAAAAUGGUCAAAUGUCUCAGCAAGGAUACCCAAACGGUCAAAGUGAAAGUCAAAAUCAAGGUGGUCAAAAUCAUAGCCAUACUCACGGUCAGGGAGGUCAAGGUCAAGGCACUGAAGGUCAAGGAGGUCAAUGUAGUCAGCCUUGCGACUGUCCCCCUGCUGCAUGUUGCAAGCCAGCGACACCGCCUCGUUUGGCGGAGAGGUUUUUUGCCUCUCGCGACGUGAACACUCUCUGGCACUAUAUAACGCAUUACACUCCUCCGCCUUCUACGUGCAGAACUGGCACUAUUUGCAGGGAUGGACAUUCUAAAAUGCACAGAUGAAAAUAACUUUUUAACAUAUCCAUAACAAGAUGUUGUUUGUGAGAUUAUACCCUCAUUGAAACUAGAGCCCAAGGAAUGUAUGCGUCCAUAAAAUGCAGA